UUGUAGUUCUUCAGCAUGCAAAUCUAACUACGCAGCUCGAGACAGCCGAGUCUUGACAGUCUUGACGCGAUAAAACUCACCCUGCAAAUACACCGCUUUUAUAGAUAUCAUACCAUUGAGAGGAAGGAUUAAUUGUUAAAUAGUAACGUCAAAUCCUCAAAGAAAUAGAUGAUGCAAAAUAUUUCAAAAUGGUAUCGUGCUGGAUCGAUGUAUUUCCGGUUAAUUACAAGGAUAAAGGCUUCAGUUUCUGACGACCAAUAAUAGAGUCCUUUGGAUAGUUUUAGAUUACGGCAAACGUAAAGUGUCAAGCGUCAGUUGACCAUUCAGGAAACUGAAAUUCUUUAAAAUUUGUGAAAAGGAAUUGCAAAAAUCUCCAAGUAGUAGAUAAACAAAGGAAAGGUGAUCUUCAGUAAACUGGAAAACCAUAAAAACGUGGUCACGCUUGCCGUUUGCAGUUUACCGCUAACUGCUAGGAAUCAGGCCCUGAAACAAGCCCGAAAACACGGAAAAACUGAACAUGGCGGCUCUUUCCGAAACAUCUUCGUUGUCAGAAGCAGUUUGAGGUUUGCGGGGCUAGUAAGAACGUCGUGCUAAAGGUCUCUGUUUUUUGGAAGAAAUCGUCAAGCCACCACCAGCUACAGGUCUAUCCAAGAAUGAGUUAUAACUCCUUUAAAUCGCCACUACUAAUCGGCUUAAUAAUUCUUCUGCAUUUCUGUGGAUAUGCAUUAUCAGACAAAGAAUUCCUCCUAAGUAGGCCAGAAAAUGGCUGGUUUACAGUCAGUAAGAAAAUAGGCUCUCAAUCUACAGGAGGAGGCUGGUUUGCUUACGAAAAAAACCUAUACUCGGUAUGUGACAGCUCCACGAACGUCGGAGAACCAAAAAACUGGUUACGAACUAACUUCAUUGAUCUCAAAGAUGCUAUAUUGAUUGACAUUGUCGUUAAUUAUACAAUGCGCAAAUGCCGAUCGGGCCAAAAGUACUGCAAAGAGUAUUUUAAACUAUACGGGUAUCAAACAUCAAACACUGCACCAAAACCAAACCCUUUGGAAACACCAUUUGACUUGCUUGCUCAGGCCUUGCCAACAAAUGUACCCGAUCGACAAACAGGAGCUAAGGAUUAUAAUAUGUUAAAAGUUUCUUUAAAGACAAAAAGUAAAGGAUUAUACCUUGCGCUUUACGAUGAAGGAGCCUGCUUGAGUCUGCUAGGUCUUCUUGUUUCAUUCAAUUACUGCCCAGAAAACGGAACAAAUCUUGUGACUUUUGUAAAAACUGCAUCGCCAUUAAACAAUUCAAAAGUUARCCAAGUUGAAGGAAAGUGUACAGAUAAACAUUCAAGGAACACUUCUGUUCUGAUGGCUGCUUGCAUGAGCGAUGGCAAUUGGAAGAUGAAUGAUAGUGUGGGAUGUUUGUGUCAGCCAGUAUACGAAUACUCUGAAAAUCCAGAACCACAUUGUAAAAGAUGUGUUUCUGGGAAAUAUAAAAAUGAAAUGAGCAACACACAGUGCCAGUCCUGUCCAGAGAAUUCUGCACCUGAUACAAAUCAUAAGAGUUGUGUUUGUCAAGAUGGGUUUUACAAGUUGAAGAACUCUCCAAUUUCUUUCCCAUGUGAAGCUUUGCCAAACGGUCCGUCAUUUGUCAAUGCUACGACAUUGAAUUCAAAUGCCGUUCUAAUAACCUGGGCUGCCAUUAAGAACAUUAACACAUCUUUCACCUAUUCCAUUGACUGUUUUUGGUGUAAGUAUGAAUGGGGUAACAACUGUGCUGAGGAAUGUGGAGAUAAUAUUGUGUAUUAUCCUGCGAAAGAUGGUUUUAAAACUACAUGGGCAACAGUAUCUGGGCUUCCGUCAGAAGGAAACUUCCUGUUCAAGGUGUAUGUCGUGAUGAAGAUUAAUUCAGCCGUCAGCAGAAGUCUGUGGAAAUAUACGGGAGUUUAUGGAAAAACCAAAAAAGCAUCUUUCCCCCGUCCACCAGCUGGCGACGCAAUUAAUGGAAUACUUGCUGGUGUUGUAGUAGUUGCAGGCCUUGUUAUUGCAGGCCUGGUCAUAGCCUUAUUACUYGUAUGCCGCAGAAAGUCGUCCAAGAAAGAAAAAGGAACAGGAAGAAGAAAGUUGUCAAGCGUGCAAGACAAGAAUCUCGAAGCUUAUGAGAUUGCCCAUCCAAUGGAGGACAGCUCACAUGUCAUAACAGCACCAACAGCUCCAAUGCUAAAGACUGAAGAAGACCUUUAUGAAACGAUGGAUGAAAAUAUAGAUGAAGGAACAGCUGCAAUAGCAGCAAAUGUGAAACCUGCCCGUGGCCCUUCUGACGGCGCACAAAGUGAAGUACCUUUAUUACCACAGCAUUACCAAGAGCUUCAAAGGGAGGCACCUAACGCGACACCCCUGUAUGAGCCUCUCGAUCGCAAGCACAGGGACUUUGGUAACAAAGGUAUUCUGGCUUCAGAAAGUCCAAAAGCAUACCAAGAACUACAGAAGAGUGUAUUAGAUAAAGAAUACCAGCCAUUGAAACGUUACAAGGAUACCGAGAGUAAAGUUUGAUGUAAUAACUCUGCAGUUUAAAUAAUUUCCCUAAAGCCACCAAAUUAAACUAACGUUCUUAAAUUUUAAUGUUAAAAUUGCUGAAGCACUAACACGUGCCAACAUCAAUUCAUAGCUGAGUCUUUUUACUAAUUGUUCUAAGGUAAAAACGCUGCCAAUUGAAUGGGAAUAGAUAUUCUUAAGAGUGUGUCCACUUAAAACCAGGCAGGGGGUGCUACAUGUAUGGGGGACGUUCACCGAUUUUGUUGAAACUUCUGGUGUCUUGGUGAGUUGUUUACUAUCCUAGACUAUACUUAGAAGUGAGAUCUGUCUUAAGUUAUUUUUGAAAAAGGUAUAACACUGAGUUGUUUAUAUCGAUCAGUAAUAGAGUUCCAAAAAACAGCACCAUUAUAUCUUAAACAAAUAAAUUUACCAUGAUUGAUUAAGGUGGCUCCAUGGGGUUUUAUCCGCGCGCUACCUUCCAACUUCAAAUCGCAAAUACGCGACAGCAAACAAUCCAAUAUUCAGAAUUUUUUUAGACGUUUCAAGGAAAAUAUGAAAUUUUUGAUGAAGUUUUUGUUCUUAAUCAAAAGAAGUUGGUAAAUCACUUUGGAAUACUAGGUAAAAAUUGUAUAGAAAUCGUACCAUUUGACCUUUCAAAAUAUUAGGUCCACUUAACUUGGCUCUGAACUGUAUUUUUGGACUAUUAGCCGUGGUUACACUUCUUUGAUUUGGUUUCCCAUGGUAAAUUUGUCUUGGUCGAAUUUCCGUGGAGUUUUAACUUACCUCGUUGACAGCGGUUACACACAGAUCAAUUUUUCCGAGGUGAAUUGUUAACCUGUUGACCUCGACAUUUAGCGCGCAAAUGGAAUGUUUUGCCGUGAUAUAUCGCUGUUCAUGGAUAUCUCUCGAGAUUUAGCAGUUAAGUUUUCGUUUCUGAUGCUGUUAUGCCACCGAACUGGAUCAUACCUACCUAUAGUGCUGCAGUACUUCAGAAGGAGGUCAAGACGAAGGCGAGACUGAAAUGCUCAAUUUUCUUGGCAUGUUAGUAGGUUUCAUUUACCUCCGACAACUUCGUCGUAGACAACUACUUGUUAGAGCACCUAGAAGCGUUUGGGUUCUUCCCAGACCACAGAAUUGGUUUCAAGAAAUCCUAAACAGCAGAUGCCUUAAUAACUGGAGGAAGGAAAACUUCAGAGUAUCUCGAGAGACGUUUGAGUAUAUUUGUCAGCUCGUUGGACCAGCACAGCAUGUGAUUUCCUGGAUUAUCCUGACAACGCCCUGUGAUUGGUUGUUUUACCUUGUGACACAGAAAAACCUAGCUUAUUUAGCUGGUUAAAUGYCAUGAGCGGCUUUUUUGUUCUUUUUGACGUAUCUAUGGUGAUUCACCACGGUGAAUUUACCUUGGGAAAUGUCGGUUGCACUCAAAAAUCAUUUUACCGCGGGGUUUCAGACGUUUUAUCAUGGGAAAUGGCCCAAGCGUAACAUGCUAAUUAACAUGCUUGUAAAUUCAAAUCUACUCAUUGAAUUUUUAAAAAAUUUA